AUGACUACAGCCGCAACUUUCUCUCCUACUGCACAAUUCGCCCCGAACGAGCUUUAUGACGACGACGAAUGUAUACCCCGGAAUAGCCCACUGUUACAACCUCGCACCCGCGUACACCUGACGCCGUCGCCGCCACCGCCCUCCUCGCCCGGGUCCCAGCUUAGCUCCCGCACGAGCUCCAGCAGUCACGGCAAGCACACCCGCCGCCGCCGGGGGGCGAGGAUUGAUCCCAGCCAAGGCGAUGCUGUCGUGGUGUCCUUGAUGGGUGGAGGCAACCAACCAGAGGUCGCGACACACGCUGGACAGCAUCUCCUCACGUCCGAGUAUUCGGAAAACGACUCGCGGUCCGCCCACUCCGAGGACGAAGUUGAGUCGACCGCCUGGUCCAAAUCAGAGGCGCACAGGGAGCAGCGACGAAGAGAGUACUCGAGAGGCAGUAGCAUGUCUCUUGACCAAGAGUCCCCGCCGGUGGGCGAGACGAGCUUAUCACCUGCCAUGAAGGCCAUGUUCGGCCCGGAAGUUCAUGGUCAAGCACGGGCAGACGGCCCCCCGGCGCACGCAGGGCCGGGACCAAAACCUGCGGAAGAUGUUGUCCUCAAAACGUAUGCCCUGGGGGCUCUGACACUGGCAUCUCCAGAAUCCGAGACAGACGCCUCUGGGCGCACGCCGACGAAUGGUGAUCCUCAGCCGAGUGACACACCAAGAAGGCAGGAAUCAGUCGGAGCAAGUAUAGCGCCUGCGCAUCAAAAUCUGGCUGUAAGAGGUGCAAGGCAUAGCCAACAUGCGCCCGCGCCGCUCGGGCUGAACCCCCCUUACAGUCCGCCCAGUCUAUAUUCUCCUCAAUCAGCCAUCUCGGUGUCUCAUACCGACCGCUCAGAACCGCGGUCUCCGCCUCCUCUGCCUCCCAUCCAAAGCCCCGGAGAGCCAGCAACAUCUCCAAGAUCUGACGGGGGUCUUGGGUCAAAUUCGCUGCCGUCGAUACGGGAACAGUUUGGCGAUCUCCCGAGGCUUCCUGAUCCAGGUUAUGCGCAGUCACCACCGGCCUCGGCGACUUUCAGAGGUCACGGUUCACCGCCAGUGUCUCCCGAAUUCCCACAGCAGUCGUCGUUUUACCAGAGUCUGAACGGAGGCCCCCCAGCAGGUUAUGCUCUGUCGACAGCAAGGCUGAGUCACGCGGAGCCUUCGCCUGCCGGACCCCACGACCGCAUCAGUAUCGAUUCCCUGUCAAACCAAGGGACAUACGUUUGCAAAGUGCCGGGUUGCAGCGCGCCCGCCUUCCAGACGCAAUACCUUCUCAAUUCCCACGCCAACGUUCAUUCUCAGGAAAGGCCACACUAUUGUCCUGUGAAAGGGUGUCCCCGUAGCGAAGGGGGCAAGGGCUUCAAGAGGAAGAAUGAGAUGAUCCGCCAUGGCUUGGUCCACGACUCCCCUGGCUAUGUUUGCCCGUUCUGCCCCGACAGGGAGCAUAAAUAUCCCAGGCCUGAUAAUCUACAGAGGCACGUGCGGGUACAUCAUGUCGACAAGGACAAGGAUGACCCAGCGUUACGAGAUGUGUUGGCACAGCGGCCGGACGGCCCCAAUCGAGGCCGCCGGAGACGCGGUGUUGCAACAUAA